GUUAAUUCCUAUAUCUUCCUCAUCCCCAUUCACCAUGGCUAACAUUCCUUCCCCCACCCUUUCUCUCCCUACACAUACACCUUCUGGUUUUGGGGGAACCUUUUGAGAUUAGGUUGUAGACAUCAUGCUCCUUUACCCCUAAAUGCUUCAGUGUAUAUUUCCUAAGAAUAGGAAUGUUGCCUUAUAUAACCCUAGUAAUCAAAUUCAGGAAAUUUAAUAUUGACAUAAAACUGUUAAAUAAUAUACAAGUCUAUUUUUAAAUUUCGCCAAUUAUCCACAUUAUCCAAUUUCUAAUUUUUCCUCUUGAUCUAGGAUCCAAUCCAGGGUCACACAUUGCAUUUAGCUGUCAUGUCCCUCAACUUGGGCUUGUCUGCUGUUUCCUCAUGAUUACAUUCAGGGUAUGCAUUUUUGGCAGUAAUAUUUCAUAAGUGAUGUUGUAUCCUUCUUAGUGCACAGUAUCAGGAGGCACAUGAUGUCAGUUUGUCCCAUUAUUGGUAAUAUUAACUUUGACCAUUUGAUUAAAGUGGUAUCUGCCAGGUUUCUCCAGAUUUGUGUUUUUUUUUACAUUCUCACUGGCCACAGCUAGUAGAAAGGAAUGGAGGUGGCCAGAAUGGGGGCCUUGACUGUAUCUGGGUGAGAGAUGAUGGUAGCUCUCUUUAGGGAGGUGGCAUUGAUUUGCCAUAUUGCCUACUAGGGCCAGAUCUGGGACUAGAACACAGAUAUCCUAAUGCCCAGUCCCAGGCUCCUCACACAUCACCAGUUCUAGGACCCCAGUGCCUUUAAAUCAGGGAUAAAAAGAUAAGGGAUCAGUGUCUCAGAAAAUCCAGGCUAAGGAUAGUUACUGCCCAGUAAACCCCUACAUGUGAUCAAGGACCCUCCCAAAUACAUCACUUACAUGAUGUUCCCUGACUCCCUCAGGCAGAGUUAUUUAUUCCCGUAAUGCCUCAUAUAUCCUACAUGUUCCAUCUUAUGAGCUUUUAAGCAUCUUUUUCUCUACAAAACCAUGUGUGCAUCACAAGAACGAUCUGUAGUUCAUUCAUCUUUGGUUCUACGGUGCCUGACACAGGGCCAGGCUCAGUGUUUAUGGGAUGAAUGAAGUCUUAGUUCUGAGCUUGCUAGCAACUAAGUCAAAAAGGGAAAGAAGAUGUAUUUUGGCCUUGGCUUUUUGUCUAAUCAAAGGAAGCGAAACAGUGCUUGGUGUUAAAUGUUGCAAGAAGAGCAAAUCUGAGCUAGACUGACAUAUUGAUGGGGGACCUGUUAUAGUCUCUUGUCUGAUUUGAAAGAGGAGGAGAAGAAGGGGAAGGUGGUAAUGAUCAGGUUCUGUAGCAAGUCGCAUGGAAAGGCAUUUGCUGAGCAGCCUCAGAGUCUCUGUGCUGGGUGGGCUUACCAGCAGUAGGAAGAAACUGGGGGAGACUAUUCCCCAGAAAGUGAGAUCCCAGGAGAUUUUUCUUUUUAUGUGGUAAAAUAUACAUAACAUAAAGUUUACCAUUUUAACUUUUUUAAAAAUCAUUUUAACCUUAUAGUUUUGUGGCAUUAAACACAUUCACAUUGAUUUGUAACCAUCACCACCACCAUCCAUCUCUAGAACUUUUUCAUCUUUCCAAACUUGAACUCUAGCCAUUAAACACUAACUUUCUAUUCCCCGCUGCCCCCAGCCCCUGGCAACUACCCUUCUACCUUCUGCCUCUAUGAAUUUGACUAUUCUAGAUAUUUCAUAGAAGUGGGACCAUACAAUAUUUGUCCUUUUGUGUCAGGAUUAUUUCACUUAGCAUAAUGUCUUCAAGGCUUAUCUAUAUUGUAGCAUGUAUCCGAAUUUCAUUCCUUUUUAGGGCUCAAUAAUAUUCCAUUGUAUUUGUAUAUACCACAUUUUGUUUAUUUAUUCAUCUGUCAAUGGACAUUUGGGUUGUUUCCACCUUUUGCCUAUUGUAAAUAAUGCUACUGUGAACAUGUUGUAAAAAUAUCUUCCAGUAUCUCUUCUCAGUCCUUUUGGGUAUAGACCCAGAAGUGGGGUUGCUGGAUCAUCUGGUAAUUCUGUUUAAUUUUUUUAGGAACUGCUAUACUGUUUUCCAUAGCAGCUGCACCAUUUUACAAUCCCACCAGUAAUGUACAAGGGUUCCAGCUUUUCCACACCGUCUCCAAUGCUUGUCAUUUUCUGUUUUUUCAAUAGUAGCCAUCCCAAUGGGUGUGAAGUCCCAGGAGAUUUUGACAUGUAGGUUAGACUGCAGAGAGAAUUUCCUCUUUGGGGAGGGAGGGAACGCUGGGUUAGAGUUCCAGGGCAUAUUUGGGCCUGUCCACAUCACAGGCCUCUCAGAAACCAGAAGUCUGAAGCUCCUCAGGUCAGCGCAGGAGCUUGCCCUUGACCUCUAAUCCUGACUCCUUCCUGGCCUCACCCCGACAGGUGCCUGGCUGUAACAAACCACGCAAUGAGCCAUGCCUCGCCCCGGACACCCCCGCCCAUCGUCUGGGCCCCCACGCUUGGGUCCCUGGGAGCGGCCAACAGAGCUGUGCCUGGAGACAUAUGAUGAGCCAUCCCAGCCCCCACCAAGCCGCCGCACCCGUAGGCCAGACCCCAAGGACCCUGGCCACCAUGGGCCCGAGAGCCUUACCUUCAUCUCUGGCUCUGCUGAGCCUGCUGCCGAGCCCCCAGCCUGCUGCCUGCUCUGGCGACCCUGGGUGUGGGACUGGUGCCAGGCUGCCUUCUGCUUCCGCCGCUGCCGGGGUUGCCUCCAGCGCUGUGGAGCCUGUGUGCGGGGCUGUGGCCCCUGCUUGUCUGCUGGGGACUCCCCUGAGGGGGCUGCCGAAGCCAGCUGGGCCAAGGAGCACAAUGGAGUGCCCCCCAGCCCCGACUGUGCACCUCCCAGCCGGCGGGAUGGCCAGCGGCUCAAGACAACCAUGGGUAGCAGUUUCAGCUACCCUGACGUCAAGCUCAAAGGCAUCCCUGUAUACCCCUACCGCAGCGCCACCUCCCCAGCCCCUGAUGUGGACUCCUGUUGCAAGGAGCCGUUGGCUGAGCCCCCACCCAUGCGGCACAGCCUGCCUAGCACCCUUGCCAGCAGCCCCCGUGGCUCCGAGGAGUACUACUCCUUCCAUGAGUCGGACCUGGACCUGCCUGAGAUAGGCAGUGGCUCCAUGUCGAGCCGCGAGAUCGAUGUGCUCAUCUUCAAGAAGCUUACGGAGCUGUUCAGCGUACACCAGAUCGAUGAGUUGGCCAAGUGCACAUCAGACACUGUGUUCCUGGAGAAGACCAGUAAGAUCUCGGACCUUAUCAGCAGCAUCACCCAGGACUACCACCUGGAUGAGCAGGAUGCUGAGGGCCGCCUGGUACGCGGCAUCAUUCGCAUCAGUACCCGAAAGAGUCGCACUCGCCCGCAGACCACAGAGGGGCGGUCAACCCGGGCUGCUGCCUCUGCUGUUGCUGCCCCUGACAGUGGCCAUGAGACCAUGAUGGGCUCAGGACUCAGCCAGGAUGAACUCACAGUGCAGAUCUCCCAGGAGACAACUGCAGAUGCCAUCGCCAGAAAGCUGAGGCCUUAUGGAGCCCCAGGAUUCCCAGCCAGCCACGACUCGUCCUUCCAGGGCACCGACACAGACUCAUCAGGGGCACCCCUGCUCCAGGUGUACUGCUAACCCCUGCCGGGCCUAGUGGCUGCAACCCCUUCUGAGAGAAGCACAGCCUACACCAUGAAGAGGGGGACCAGGACCCCCUUUUGGGGAAGGCUGGCCACAAACCCAGAAGCAGUACCCACUCUGGUUCCUCCCACUUUGGCUGACUGGUUCCUGGACUAUGUGCAUUUCACUGGGCCAUGGUGCCCACAUCCUCCUGGAUCCCUAGCUGGCCUGACCUCUGCCUGGGCCUAUUUCUUCCUGCCCAGGUGGCCUGGGUCAUGGGAAGCACAGACUUAGGGGUUACCUUCUGGGAUUGAAUCCCAACUCUACUACCCCCAUAACAUACCCCCAUAACCCAUCAUGCAAACGUCCUCUUCCCCAAGAU